CUUUAAAAACUUUGAUGCUGUCACACAAAGUUGUAUUUUGCUCCUGAGGUCCCAACCUUUCCUAUCUCAGACAUGGGUCAGUCUAAUUUAUUAAUUUUGAUGAUUGCCAUUCCUCAAAUUUUCUCUCAGCAGUCAGUGAAACAAAAGGACUGUGUGUGCGACCUACAAAAUUAUGAUCCUGUUUUCCCUGAGAACAAACUAACUAAUGUACAGACUGCUGCUGCAGAAUGCACUAAGGCCAUCACUUCAGAAAAGAUGACGGAAGUUGACAGAAUUAUGCUAGGUCUACGACAACGUAUCAAGCAACUAGAUGAAAAUGUGGUCAUCCUGGAAAAAGAGGAUGACAGAAAUCUGUAUGGGGCCAUAUCUCUGCGCAUCAUUGAGUUAGAAUUAGCUGAGAUUCUGGCCCUCCUUGACACACUUAACAGAACCACCAGCAAUUACCAUCAUCUCAUUAUAGAGACUGCAGCUCAGCUUCAGGACAUGAUGGACACGAUGGUGGUGCUGGUGAAAUUUGACAAGAUGCAGGUGAUAAAGAAAGAGCACGAGAACCAGCAGAUUAAGAAAGACCUGGAAAAGUGUAAGAACGAGCAUAAGGCCACCUUACCACCCCCUACACUUUCGCCAGGCCACUGUGGUCUGGGUCAAAUGGUCAAUGUGUCGGGACCUAAAACCUAUUCCCUCACGGCAUACGGAACCUCCUACCCUUAUGGUGCUUGGGGUAGAGAUGUAAACCCUGCUCCAGGAGAUGAGAAGAAGUACUGGCUGGUGGUGCUGUCCAAAAGUAAUGUAUAUGGCCACUACGUCCGCCAUUACAGUACUUUGAGUACUCUUUUAUUAGGUUUAGGACCUAAAGAUACAUACAUAUCGAGCUCCAACCCCACAACUAACACAAUUCAGGGGCCAAACAUGGUCAUGUACGGCAAUGCACUCUAUUAUAACUGUUAUAACACCCUAUCUGUCUGUCGGUUCAAUAUGACGACUCGCACUGUCAGUAAUGUGGCACUACCUAAGGAUGCAGGUUACAACAGUAAGUUUCCAUUUGGACUUCUCGGAAAAUCAUACAGCUAUUCCGACAUAGAUUUUGCCACAGAUGAAUCCAGUUUAUAUGUUAUAUAUGCGACUACAGGCAACUUCGGAAAUGUGGUUAUUACUAAAGUUGAGACUAGUACUCCACCUGUAUUGGGCCAAACUUGGUACACUUCUCUGUACAAAACAACAGCCACAAACACCUUCAUGGUAUGUGGUGUGCUUUAUGCGACUCGUUAUAUCAAUAAAGAAACAGAACAGAUCUUUUAUUCUUUUGACACCAAAACCAAUGAGGAGCGCUAUGAUUUGAAAAUUCACAUUAGGAAGAUGCAGCCCAAUAUUGAGUAUCUGAAUUAUGACCCCAGAGAUCACUUGCUGUACGUGUACAGUGAUGCCUACAUUGUAACCUAUGAGGUCAUGUUUCAGUAAGUUUGCAGAAAACUUACCAGAAC